CUUCAGCUGCGAGUGCUCUACUGCUGCUUUAAGACUGCAGAACGCUACAAAGGACAGAGGCAUGAGACAGGGUUAAUACUUAGCUCUGAGUCUCAGAGGCAGAGAAGGUUAGCUGAGGGAUCAAUGUGAUUAAAGCUGUAGGAGAGGAAAGAUGUGCCUGUCUGUUUGCUUGCUGCCUGAAUGUGGAGGGUGAAGGGUUUGGAACCUGAUUUCUGCAGAUUCUGGACUGUAUAUUCCCAGGGAUGAGCUCAUGCUUGCAUUUGAGGAUAUUUUCACCUGUAGACCUGCUGCUGCAAACCUGCUGCUGUCUCCCUGAGCUAACAACACACCUGGGCUUAAAGCACCCGCCUCCCUCUUUCCUCUGGCUGCAUCUUUCUGAAAGAGAAAGCCAGUGAGCAAGUGUCAGUGGAGAAGAGGAGAGACAGAUCACUUGCUUUAAGGACAAUCAAACACAUACACGCAUUUUCCAAGCAGCUACACGGCAACCAGCAAAAUAAACUGAACUGAUCGUCUUCUUAGCUUGUAGCUUUAACCUUGCAGUUGACAAAUAGAGAAAAAGAAAGCAAAAGAGUGGAAAGCCAAGCAUAUAGCUGGAAGAAUAGAAAAGAACAGGGGCAUGUGGAUAUUGGCUUUCUCCUUGUUCCAGAGCAUCUUGAAUGUUGUCAGUGAAGAUCUACACUCCAGUCUAUACUUUGUCAAUGCAUCUUUGCAAGAGGUAGUGUUUGCAAGCACCACAGGGACACUGGUUCCCUGUCCUGCAGCAGGGAUCCCACCUGUGACACUCAGAUGGUACCUAGCAACGGGCGAGGAGAUCUACGAUGUUCCAGGGAUCCGCCACGUCCACCUCAAUGGCACUCUCCAAAUUUUCCCCUUCCCCCCUUCAAGCUUUAGUACCUUAAUCCAUGAUAACACUUACUAUUGCACAGCUGAAAAUCCUUCAGGGAAAAUCAGAAGCCAGGAUGUCCACAUUAAGGCUGUUUUACGGGAACCUUAUACAGUCCGUGUGGAGGACCAGAAAACCAUGAGAGGCAAUGUAGCUGUCUUCAAGUGCAUUAUCUCCUCCUCUGUGGAGGCAUAUAUCACUGUUGUCUCAUGGGAGAAAGACACCGUCUCACUUGUCUCAGGAUCUAGAUUUUUCAUCACAUCCACGGGAGCCUUGUAUAUUAAAGAUGUACAGAAUGAAGAUGGAUUGUAUAACUACCGAUGUAUUACACGGCACAGAUACACUGGGGAAACACGACAGAGCAACAGUGCUAGACUUUUUGUAUCAGAUCCAGCAAACUCAGCUCCAUCUAUUCUUGAUGGGUUUGACCAUCGAAAAGCCAUGGCAGGGCAGCGAGUGGAGCUACCCUGUAAAGCAUUUGGGCACCCAGAGCCAAAUUACCAUUGGCUGAAGGAUAACAUGCCCCUAGAGGUUGUAGGAAGGUUUCAGAAGACAGUGACAGGGUUGCUGAUUGAGAACUCUCGUCCUUCAGACUCUGGCAGCUACGUCUGUGAAGUGUCAAACAGAUAUGGAACUGCAAAGGUGAUAGGUCACCUUUAUGUAAAACAGCCACUAAAAGCCACAAUAAGCCCAAGGAAGGUUAAGAGCAGCGUGGGUAGCCAGGUUUCGUUGUCAUGUAGUGUUACUGGAACUGAGGAUCAGGAACUCUCCUGGUACCGAAAUGGUGAAAUCCUCAAGCCUGGAAAGAAUGUGCGAAUUACAGGGAUCAACCACGAAAAACUUAUAAUGGAUCACAUGGUUAAAAGUGAUGGUGGUGCAUACCAGUGCUUUGUUCGAAAGGACAAAAUGUCUGCUCAAGACUAUGUUCAAGUGAUGCUUGAAGAUGGAACUCCCAAAAUUAUUUCUGCUUUUAGUGAGAAAGUGGUGAGUCCAGGAGAACCUGUUUCCCUUAUGUGCAAUGUGAAAGGGACCCCACUGCCCACAAUUACAUGGACUCUAGAUGAUGACCCAAUACUUAAGGGUGGCAGUCAUCGUAUCAGCCAGAUAAUCACUUCUGAGGGCAAUGUGGUCAGCUACCUGAAUAUUUCUAACACUCAGGUUCGGGAUGGUGGAGUCUAUCGCUGCACUGCCAACAACUCUGCAGGAGUCGUCCUCUACCAGGCUCGAAUAAACGUAAGAGGGCCUGCAAGUAUUCGGCCAAUGAAAAACAUCACUGCAAUUGCAGGAUGGGAUACAUACAUUCACUGCCGUGUGAUUGGUUAUCCAUACUAUUCCAUCAAAUGGUAUAAGAAUUCCAACCUGCUUCCUUUUAACCACCGUCAAGUGGCUUUUGAAAACAAUGGGACUUUGAAACUCUCAGAUGUGCAAAAAGAAGUUGAUGAGGGUGAAUAUACUUGCAAUGUGCUGGUUCAACCUCAACUCUCUACAAGCCAGAGUGUGCAUGUGACUGUGAAAGUUCCACCUUUUAUUCAGCCUUUUGAGUUUCCAAGAUUCUCCAUUGGACAAAGGGUCUUCAUUCCAUGUGUUGUGGUCUCAGGGGAUCUGCCAAUCACAAUCACCUGGCAGAAGGAUGGAAGACCAAUUCCAGCAAGUCUUGGGGUAACCAUUGACAACAUUGACUUCACUAGCUCUUUAAGAAUUUCAAAUCUUUCACUGAUGCACAAUGGGAAUUACACCUGCAUAGCCAGAAAUGAUGCAGCAGCUGUGGAGCACCAAAGCCAAUUGAUUGUGAGAGUUCCACCUAAAUUUGUGGUUCAGCCAAGUGACCAAGAUGGAAUUUAUGGAAAAGCUGUCAUCCUUAAUUGUUCAGCAGAGGGUUAUCCUGUGCCCACGAUAGUCUGGAAAUUCUCAAAAGGUGCUGGGGUUCCUCAGUUCCAACCAAUUGUCUUAAAUGGCCGUAUCCAGGUUCUCACAAAUGGUUCUUUGUUGAUUAAACAUGUUGUAGAAGAGGAUAGUGGAUACUAUCUCUGCAAGGUCAGCAAUGAUGUGGGAGCAGAUGUCAGCAAAUCCAUGUACCUCACUGUUAAAAUUCCUGCUAUGAUAACAUCAUACCCAAAUACCACCCUGGCAACUCAGGGUCAAAAGAAGGAAAUGAUUUGCACAGCCCAUGGUGAGAAACCCAUUAUAGUCCGCUGGGAGAAAGAAGACCGAAUCAUUAACCCAGAAAUGGCCCGCUAUCUUGUGUCCACAAAGGAGGUGGGAGAAGAAGUCCUUUCUACUCUGCAGAUUUUGCCAACUCUGAGAGAAGAUUCUGGCUUCUUUUCCUGUCAUGCUAUCAAUUCUUAUGGGGAGGACCGUGGAAUAAUUCAACUCACUGUCCAAGAACCCCCAGAUCCUCCUGAAAUAGAAAUAAAAGAUGUGAGAGCACGUACUAUUACCCUCAGAUGGACCAUGGGAUUUGAUGGAAAUAGCCCAAUCACAGGCUAUGAUAUAGAAUGCAAAAAUAAAUCAGACUCCUGGGAUUCUGCUCAGAGAACCAAAGAUGUUUCCCCCCAGCUGAACUCGGCCACCAUCAUUGAUAUCCAUCCUUCCUCCACCUACAGCAUCCGCAUGUAUGCCAAAAACCGAAUUGGCAAGAGUGAAGCCAGCAAUGAGCUCACCAUUACAGCUGAUGAAGCAGCUCCUGAUGGACCACCUCAGGAAGUUCAGCUUGAACCCAUAUCAUCUCAAAGCAUCAGGGUCACCUGGAAGGCUCCAAAGAAACACUUGCAAAAUGGCAUUAUUCGAGGUUACCAAAUAGGUUACCGGGAAUAUAGCACAGGAGGCAACUUCCAAUUCAACAUUAUCAGCAUUGAUACCACUGGAGACAGUGAAAUUUAUACUCUUGACAACCUAAAUAAAUUCACUCAGUAUGGCCUUGUGGUACAGGCAUGCAACCGAGCUGGAACAGGACCUUCUUCUCAGGAAAUCAUUACCACUACCCUAGAGGAUGUGCCCAGUUACCCUCCAGAGAAUGUCCAAGCCAUAGCUACAUCACCAGAAACCAUAUCCAUAACCUGGUCAACACUUGCCAAAGAAGCCUUGAAUGGAAUUCUCCAAGGAUUCAGAGUAAUAUACUGGGCCAAUCUCUUGGAUGGAGAGCUGGGAGAGAUAAAAAAUGUCACUACUACACAGCCUUCCCUGGAGCUAGAUGGGCUAGAAAAAUACACCAACUACAGCAUUCAGGUGUUGGCAUUUACCAGAGCUGGAGAUGGGGUCAGGAGCGAACAGAUAUUCACUCGCACCAAAGAGGAUGUUCCAGGUCCUCCUGCUGGGGUCAAAGCAGCAGCAGCAUCAGCCUCUACUGUUUUUGUAUCCUGGCUUCCCCCUUUCAAGUUAAAUGGAAUCAUCCGAAAGUACACUGUGUUCUGCUCACACCCAUAUCCCACAGUUAACAGUGAAUUUGAAGCAUCUCCUGAUGCAUUUUCGUACAGAAUUCCUAACCUGAAUCGGAAUCAACAAUACAGUGUCUGGGUGGUGGCUGUGACUUCAGCAGGGAGAGGCAACAGCAGUGAAAUCAUCACUGUAGAGCCAUUAGCUAAAGCUCCAGCUAGAAUUCUGACUUUCAGUGGUACUGUAACUACCCCAUGGAUGAAAGAUAUUGUCCUCCCAUGUAAGGCCGUUGGGGAUCCAUCUCCUACAGUGAAAUGGAUGAAAGAUAGUAACGGGAUGCCCAGUCUAGUAAUGGUUGAUGGGCGAAGAAGCAUCUUCAGCAAUGGCAGCUUUGUCAUCCGCACUGUGAAAGCAGAGGAUUCUGGGUAUUAUAGCUGUGUUGCCAAUAACAAUUGGGGAUCAGAUGAAAUUAUUUUAAAUCUGCAAGUACAAGUUCCACCAGAUCAACCUCGACUUACUGUAUCUAAAACUACAUCAUCCUCAAUCACUCUUUCCUGGAUACCAGGAGAUAAUGGUGGCAGUUCUAUCAGAGGAUAUAUAUUGCAGUACUCAGAAGAUAACAGUGAGCAGUGGGGUAGUUUUCCAAUUAGCCCUAGUGAACGUUCUUACCGGUUAGAAAGUUUGAAGUGUGGUACCUGGUAUAAGUUCACACUUACUGCUCAAAAUGGAGUGGGACCUGGGCGCAUAAGUGAAAUCAUAGAAGCAAAAACACUGGGAAAAGAGCCACAGUUUUCAAAGGAACAAGAACUGUUUGCCAGCAUUAAUACCACUCGAGUGAGGUUGAACCUCAUUGGUUGGAAUGAUGGUGGUUGUCCAAUCACUUCAUUUAUUCUGGAGUAUAGGCCAUUUGGGACGACAGUCUGGACAACAGCUCAGAGAACAUCACUUUCCAAGUCAUACAUUUUGUAUGAUCUACAAGAGGCUACCUGGUAUGAGCUGCAAAUGAGGGUGUGCAACAGUGCUGGUUGUGCAGAGAAACAGGCCAAAUUUGCUACACUUAACUAUGAUGGCAGUACAAUUCCUCCACUUAUUAAAUCAGUUGUCCAAAGUGAAGAAGGGCUAGCAACCAAUGAAGGAUUAAAGAUGCUAGUGACCAUUUCCUGCAUUUUGGUUGGAGUCUUGCUGUUAUUUGCACUACUGUUGAUUGUACGGAGGAGGAGGAGAGAACAGAGAUUGAAGAGGUUGAGAGAUGCAAAGAGUUUAGCUGAAAUGCUUAUGAGUAAGAAUACCAGAACCUCAGAUACUUUGAACAAACAACAGACCCUGAGAAUGCAUAUUGAUAUUCCACGUGCACAGCUUCUAAUUGAAGAGAGAGACACUAUGGAGACCAUUGAUGACAGAUCAACAGUCCUAUUAACUGAUGCUGACUUUGGUGAGGCAUCCAAGCAGAAAUCGCUGACAGUGACUCACACAGUCCAUUAUCAGUCUGUGUCUCAGGCCACUGGGCCAUUAGUGGAUGUUUCUGAUGCCCGACCAGGAACUAAUCCCACAACAAGGAGGAAUGCAAAAGGUGGACCAACAGCUCGGAACAGAUAUGCCAGUCAAUGGACACUCAAUAGGCCCCAUCCCACCAUCUCAGCACACACUCUCACUACAGACUGGAGGUUACCAACUCCAAGAGUCACAGGAUCAGUGGACAAAGAAAGUGAUAGUUACAGUGUCAGUCCUUCACAAGAUACAGAUCGAGCAAGAAGUAGCAUGGUCUCUACAGAAAGUGCCUCCUCUACCUAUGAAGAACUAGCAAGAGCCUAUGAACAUGCCAAGAUGGAAGAACAACUAAGACAUGCAAAGUUCACUAUUACAGAGUGCUUCAUAUCAGACACAUCUUCAGAACAGUUAACGGCAGGGACUAAUGAGUACACAGACAGUCUGACCUCCAGCACCCCUUCAGAAUCAGGGAUCUGCAGGUUUACUGCAUCCCCCCCUAAACCUCAGGAUGGAGGACGAGUAAUGAAUAUGGCAGUUCCAAAGGCACAUCGGCCAGGUGACCUCAUUCAUUUGCCUCCUUAUCUUCGAAUGGAUUUUUUGUUAAAUCGAGGGGCCCCAGGCAUCAGCAGAGAACAGAACUUAGGACAGGCUUGCUUGGAACCUCAAAAAAGUCGAACCUUGAAGUGUUCCACAGUCCUGGAGCCCAUUCCAAUGGAGGCAUCAUCCACAAGAGAAGGACAGUCAUGGCAAUCUGGUGCUGUGGCCCCAUUACCUCAGAGAGAAGGAGUAGAGCUGGGACAGGCAGCGAAAAUGAGCAGCUCUCAAGAAUCACUGCUGGACUCUCGAGGCCACUUAAAAGGCAACAACCCCUAUGCCAAAUCUUACACCUUGGUAUAACAGGCAGAGUAUGGCUGGACAGUGGCUGUAAAUACAAUUAAAAAACAAAUUCAAUUAAAGCUACUUUUUUAAAAAAAACUGGAUUCUGAUAUUUAUAAUUAAAGAAAAUUGUCAAACUAUUUUAAAAAAAUGUAAAAAAAAAAAAAAAGAAACCACAGAUACUUCAAAGACUCCCCUGCUUUUUUUUCUGUCUGAGUGUGAGCUUCAUCUGACUGGGCAUCUGAUGUUUUUGGGUAAAAGAAGUCCGGUUUUCUGAUCUUCACAGGCUGUUGAAUUUUUACUGAUUUUUCUACAAAGUGCAUGGGGAACAAACAAAACAUUCUGACUGGAGGUCAAUCACACAAGAUUAAAGAAAAACAGGGGGUAAUCACCUUAUUUGUGGAUUUUAAGGGACAUUGAUUUUAGGGGAAGGAAAAGUCUUUAAUCAUGUUUGCACAAUUUUUUUUUUCCAAUUAGAAAAUGGGUCCUCAAUUGAGCUUUUUGUUGUUGUUGUUGUUGUUGUUGUUACCGUUAAUUAGAAUGAGUCUUGUCUGUGAAGGGGGGAGGGGAGUGUUAAUUUGUUUUUGCUUUUUGUUUGUUUUUUAGUUUAACAAGAAACUUUGCAUUUUGUCUAAUUGAAAUAAACAAAAAAGUUGUCUGUUUCUGAUGUAUGCUGGCAUUUCCUACUUAUAUUUCUAUUUUAAAUGAUUAAGACUAAAUCUUGCACCUUAUUUAGUGACACAAAAUUAAAAGCACUACUAAUUAGACACUCUCUGGGCGCCACUACAAUCUAUAACACAGAGAAAAUGCAAUCCCUGACAUCAAGUAAUUUGCAACAGGCCAAAGGGCCUCCUCAUAUUGAACUCCUGUCACAGCUGAGGAUUAGAAGAGACAAGAUAAGGCAGUUGGGCACCAUUGGCAACACGUCGAUCUGCCCAUAAGUAUAACCCAAAACUAUACCCUCUCUAAGUAUGUACACCAGAGACUGAACAAAUGUGAUUUGAUUUAAUCAUAAAAUAAAUCAUGCCAUGUUGAGCAGAAUUUCCUAGAAUUAAUAAGAUGUGUAUUUAUACAAAUAUUUUAAAUUAUCCUUCAUGGUUCUCUCUUUUCCCAACCACCAUCCCAUAUUGCUCUCUACGCACAUGGUUGCCGUUGCUACACUUAGUUCUAACAGUAAUGAUUAGGUAUUCUGAAGCCCAGACUCAGACACUUACUAGCCAUGUGGCAUGGACCAGGUCACUUAAUUAUGUUUGCCUCAGUUUCCUCAUCUGCAAAAUGAUCUGGAUAAGGAAAUGGAAUCUUUACCAAGAAAACCCCCAAUGGAGUCAUGAAGAGUGAGAUACAGUUGAAACACCUGAACAACAACAUUCUGAAGCCUCACUACUAAUUAUAUUCCUAUCCCUUUCUCCUCUCCACUCACAUUCCAGCCUUAGCCAUUCCUUAGCUAAGGAAUCAAAAACAUCUAGCUUCCAAAGAUCUAGCCUAUUCUGUAGUGAAGUCUA